AAAUCCAAAAUUUAUGUGAUGUUUGGGGCGGGGUCAACUAUUUAUUCCAGGUAGUUUUUGAGUUGUUAAUUCAAUAACUAUGAUCUUCCCUUUCACUAGCUAAGGAUAAAACUUUACAGAUUCAUUUAGUCCAGGCAAUGCCUCACCUUUCAGACCUUUCUCGCCUUUCAGAGACUGUUUCUUAUUUUGUGAAAAUUAUGUUAGUUGUCAAGGACCGAUGACUCAGUUUCUAUUAGUUGUGUGUGUGAUUAGGAUGAAAUAAUGAGAGCUUAAGCCCUAUUUUACCUUUACUUAAAUCGGAGCUAUUGACUUACAUCUGGCCUGGAUUACAUACAAGCAUUAGAAGCUAUUUGCUAGAAAUGAGACUCUCUAGGCAAGGCAUUUAUACUUUCAUUCAUUACCCAAGGGUAUCACAGGGAGAGAUUGUGGAAAUAAUUAAAUACUGUUAUCUAAAUUUAUCAUUUUUCCAAAGGAAAAAAAACGAUAAAAAAUAUCUUACAAAGUGAGAAACUAGAAAGCAUCUGAUUUCUUUUCCUCUGGAACACUCCACAAGAGUAACAGUUAUAAAAUGUUUGAGAAGGUCCAGGAAAAAUCCUCUCAACUGUCUAUCAAUCUGUUGAUGGGAUUGUCUCCACCACCUCCUAGAACCUCGCAGAACACUCCUCCAAACUCCAAUCGUCCAACACACGUAUAAGAUUUGCCUUAAAUUUCCUCCCUCAACAUCAAACACUUGGACACCAACAACAAAAGAUAAAACAGGAAACAAACAAAAGUACAACCAUUCUAAGUUUGCCCGCGUAGCAGCUUGUAAACUCACCAUCUAUCUCCGCAACCAACAAUGGCACUGGCUCGUUUGGUUUUGAGAAAUUUGCACCCAAGGCUGUCAUCUUCUUCAUCAUCUCUUUUGGGUCAUAAUGUUGGAGAGAGGAGCGUUGGUGGGGUGCAAAGGCAGAGGUGGAAUGGUGAGAUGCUGAAGAGGUUUAUGGCAACAGCUACUGAUAAGGACUCUGAUGACAAAAAACAAGUAUCCGUGUCAGAUGGUGAAAAGAAAUUCAGGCUUUUCCCUAGGAGGAAAAACAGGAGGAGUCUUUGGAAUUGGAGGAAUAAACAACAUGAUUAUGCUCCUCCCCUUUAUGGUGAGUUAUUCCCAUCAGGCCUUGGGAAUGCACUGUUGCAAGCGAGUGAGAACAUAAACAGGCUAUUCGACAGCCUCAAUAUGACACCAUCCCAGUUGAUUGGGCGCGUAAAAGAGCAAGAUGACUGCUACAAACUGCAUUACGACAUGCCGGGGUUAACCAAAGAGGAUGUAAAGAUCACAAUUGAUGAUGGGGUUCUAAACAUAAAAGGGCAGCAUAAGGAAGAAGAAGAAGAAGGUUCCGGCGAUGAGCAUUGGUCUGCCAGGAGCUAUGGCUACUAUAAUACAAGCCUUGUGUUGCCUGAUGAUGCCAAAGUCGAUGAUAUUAAGGCUGAGUUGAAGGAUGGUGUGCUUUCUAUCAUCGUCCCUAGAACUGAACAACCCAAAAAGGAUGUGAAGCAAGUUCCAAUCAAUUGAUACCUUCAUGUAUGAACUUGCUUGCUUAGUACCUCUGUUUGCCAUGCUGGGUGUUUCCGUAUGAAACUGAAAUGGGAAAAUAAACAGUUUGAACAUAUGUUGCUAAUAAAAAUUUAACCAGUAUUUUGUCUGAUUUAAA